AAAAACAGUAAUAAACCUGUAAUAGAAAUAAUAGUAAUAAAUAUCCUUUCAUAUUGCAAAAUGUACUAAUCAAUUACACCCUGUAUAUCAUGCAUUCUGUGUUGAGAAGCCAUAGAUAAAUGAAAGUUGAAAACCAAAACAAAAAUGGCAGCAUUAGCAGGGAAAGGUUGGAAUUACGUUUCAGGUGUACCAGAAACUGAGGAGCAACAAAAAUAUCGUUUUCAGGUAGAAUUGGAGUUCGUUCAAUGUUUAGGGAACCCAAAUUAUUUAAAUUUUUUAGCACAAAGGGGUUAUUUUAAAGACAGUACAUUUGUGAAUUACUUGAAAUAUCUGCUAUAUUGGAAAGAACCAGAAUAUGCAAAGUAUUUAAAAUAUCCUAUGUGUUUAUACUUUCUGGAUCUCUUACAAUACGAACAUUUUAGAAGAGAAUUAGUAAACGCACAAUGUUCUAAAUUCAUCGACAAUCAACAAAUUCUACUGUGGCAGCAUUAUACUAGGAGAAGAAGUAGAUUAUUAACAACUUCUACGGUAAAUGGUAACAUGGAACAAAAUAACAGUUUGCAGAAUAGUCAAAGUAACGGGCUGAUGAAUUCAAAGAUAUCAUAGAAGUUUAUAGUUUUAUAGAUUUAUUCAUAAUUUUUUUUCAUAUGGAAUUAUUUAAGUAAUUAUAAGUCAUUAAAAUAUUCGCUUAAAUAAUGUAUUUACAGUAUUUUUCUUAUUAAAUUGUUAAUCACCUCAUACAUUUUCAACUCUCAAAUAUAUACAGAAUACUA